GGGCGGUUCUGCUGACGGAGCGCAGCGGCUAGUCCCGGGAUGGUGCUGCUGGAGAGCGAGCAGUUCCUGACGGAGCUGACCAGGCUCUUCCAGAAGUGCCGGUUGUCGGGCAGCGUGUUCAUCACCCUGAAGAAGUAUGAUGGUCGAACUAAACCCAUUCCCAGGAAAGGUUCUGUGGACACCUUCGAGCCUUCGGACAACAAAUGUCUGCUGAGAGCUACGGAUGGCAAGAAGAAGAUCAGCACGGUGGUGAGCUCCAAAGAAGUAAACAAGUUUCAGAUGGCCUACUCCAGCCUGCUCCGCGCGAACAUGGACGGGCUGAAGAAGAGGGACAAGAAGAGCAGGAGUAAGAAGAGCAAAGCGGCACAGUGAGGGCGGUGCCGUGCAGCCUGCUUCCCACAGACCACCCGGCUGGCUGCCUUCGGCCACAGGGUGAGCCUUCUGGCUGUGUCCAUGGGAUCUCGAGUCCUUUUGGAGGGAAAGGGCAGGAGAGGGGCUGCAGUGUUAGCAGGGUAGUUGUGGUGAGAAACCAGUUGCUUCUCCUCUGGUGCCCGCUGCAUGCUGUAUAUUCCGCUCUGUAGCUGGCUUGUGUGAAGAGCAAUGUAUCAUUAAACCCUUUAUUUAUCA